CUCCAGCAUCAUCAGCCUCAGUGCAACACCAACUGCACAAACAGCCACGAAGUUUGCCAUGUCUCAUCCGCCAUUCCACUAAAAACUCUUAAAACAAAAGCCAUGGCGCAACCUCCUCGACCCAUCCCGACCUUUGACCCUCUGCUGGGGGUCUCAGACCCUGAAGGCCAUCCCAUCAUCCCAAGGCUGGUGUCAUGCGCUUCAGCCAUUUUCUGCCCUAUCGGCGAAGACGACAGACUCAAGGAUCCUCUCAGCUCUUCCUCACUCACCAAGCUUGACUGCCUGCAGAAACAGCUGGAUGCUCUGAAUACUCACUCGGUCAAAGACCGAGAGAAUUUCCUCGCCCUCGCUGUUCGCGAGCGUGAACGCAUCUUCCAGGAAGGGCGCCGCUUUCAAGCCCUUGAAGAGCUGCAAGGCGGCCAGGUAAAGCCAGACGUGCCGCUCGGCCUUACAUCCCAGGAACUCGGCAUCAUGGUCGCAAACAUGGAGGCCCCAGCAAGGCCGGGUAUCCCAAACACAGAGAAGAUCCCACCACCAAACCUUGACUCUUCUAAUGCUCGAUCAUUGCGUGAGCGCCAAGCUUACGAGCAGAUGCGUAGUGUGGCUCAUUUCUCGCAGAUGGCCGCGCAUCGUGAGGCUGAAAUCAACCGUCGCCGCGAGUCCCUCGAGGCAGAUAUCAAAAAGGAGCAGCUUAGGCAAGACCAGGAGCGUCGAGUCAACUAGAAUUCGGCUCGUUCACCUGGACAACAGCAUGCCACACCUCAAAGCAUCAAGUAUGUCAAUGGGGCAUCAGAAGUCAACCACGACAAGGAGAUGUACAUGUUCCUCACGAACCCGAAUCGCAAGCGAAAGCUGCCAUGAUGAAUCAUUUGACGAUGUGCACGUCGUAGUGAAGGAAUUAGGUAUUCAACUCAUCUACCUUCAGCCUCCGUCCGACGUCCUAUAUGUACAGAUGCUACGAACUUCCCGGACGCAUAAAAACAAAGCAAAUAUUUCUAUUCUUUUGCAACCACCACCUCAUACGCCAUACUCGACCUGACCCAUGGGCUUAUCCUCCUCCAUGCCAGGAGCCAUAAAGUUUGUCCUAGGGUCACCCGUAGCCUUAGCCGCUGAGCAGCGAGCCAUUGUGGGAGAGCUAGACAUAAUGUUAAUAGGGAAAUUCUCUAAAUUAUGAAUCGAUUUCACAUA